CCUCUCUCAGGAUUCUGUGCUGUCCGUGGAGCACCUUGAAAGUGGGGGUGACCCCAGCCUUCACUUUUUUAUGUGCCCACACCUACAUCAGGUGUCCCCAUAUUGCUUUUUUGCCUACCUCAUCCCCCUCCUGCCUAGAGCACACCCUAAGGCCGGCUCGGGGGAAAGAGGCGUGGCCACACACACAGACUCCUAUAAAGGUGGUAUGCCUCCACCCUGAUCCUGAAGGUGGUAGUUCCCUGGAGCCUUCCCUGAUCCUCCAAGGGGGACCCCAAAGAGCACUCUUCAGUUCAGCACCUCCUCACAGCCAAAGCUCUCAGCAGCCACCUGGAUCAUGCCUUCUAUGUAUGGGCUCCCAGCCUUCAUGUCCGCCACAGAGCUGCUCCUGGCCGUCACCAUAUUCUGCCUCGGAUUCUGGGUGGUCAGAGUGUCAAGAACCCGGGUCCCCAAAGGUCUGAAGAGCCCACCCGGACCCUGGGGCUGGCCCUUCAUUGGGAACAUAUUGACCCUGGGGAAGAACCCACACCUGUCACUGACAAAACUGAGCAAACAGUAUGGGGAUGUACUGCAGAUCCACAUUGGCUCCACACCUGUGGUGGUGCUGAGCGGCCUCCACACCAUCCGGCAGGCCCUGGUGCGGCAGGGGGAUGACUUCAAGGGCCGGCCAGACCUCUACAGUUUUAAUUUCAUCAGUAAUGGCCAGAGCCUGACCUUCAAUCCAGACUCUGGACCAGUGUGGGCUGCCCGUCGGCGCCUGGCCCAGAACGCCCUGAAGAGUUUCUCCAUAGCCUCAGACCCGACAUCAGCAUCCUCUUGUUACUUGGAGGAGCACGUGAGCAAAGAGGCUGAAUAUCUAAUCAGCAAGUUUCAGAAGCUGAUGGCCGAGGUUGGCCACUUUGAUCCUUACAAAUAUUUGGUAGUGUCAGUGGCCAAUGUCAUCUGUGCCAUGUGCUUUAGCCAACGUUAUGACCAUGACAACCAAGAGCUGCUGAGCAUAAUCAAUCUGAGCAAUGAGUUUGGGGAGGUCACUGGCUCUGGAUACCCUGCUGACUUCAUCCCUGUCCUUCGCUACCUGCCUAACUCCUCUCUGGAUGUCUUCAAGGACUUGAAUAAGAAUUUCUACAGCUUCGUAAAGAAGUUAAUCAAGGAGCAUUACAGGACAUUUGAGAAGGGCCACAUCCGGGAUGUCACAGACAGCCUCAUUGAGCACUGUCAAGACAAGACGCUGGACGAGAAUGCCAAUGUGCAGCUGUCAGACGAUAAGAUCAUCGCGAUUGUUUUUGACCUCUUUGGAGCUGGGUUUGACACAGUCACAACUGCUAUCUCUUGGAGCCUCAUGUACCUGGUGACAAACCCUAGGGUACAGAGAAAAAUUCAGGAGGAACUAGACACAGUGAUUGGCAGGGAUCGGCUGCCUCGGCUUUCCGACAGACCUCAGCUGCCCUAUUUGGAGGCCUUCAUCCUAGAGACCUUCCGACACUCAUCCUUCGUCCCCUUCACCAUCCCCCACAGCACCACAAGAGAUACCAGUCUGUGUGGUUUCUAUAUUCCCAAGGGGCGCUGUGUCUUUGUGAACCAGUGGCAGGUUAACCAUGACCAGGAGCUGUGGGGUGACCCAAACGAGUUCCGGCCUGAAAGGUUUCUCACCUCCAGUGGCACUCUGGACAAGGUCCUGAGUGAGAAGAUCAUGCUCUUUGGUUUGGGUAAGCGGAAGUGCAUCGGGGAGACCAUUGGCCGGUGGGAGGUCUUUCUCUUCCUGGCGAUCUUGUUGCAGCAAAUAGAAUUCCGAGUGUUGCCGGGUGAGAAGGUGGAUAUGACCCCUAUCUAUGGACUGACUUUAAAGUAUGCCCGCUGUGAGCACUUCCAAGUGAAGAUGCGCUCUUCUGAGCCUCAGCAUCUCUAAGCUCAGACUGCCCUGUAUGUCACCAGACCAGCGGGCUGUUUCCCGGAUUUAACCCCAGCCAGAAGCACAGAUUCUGGGGAAUUGUGCCUGCCUCCUACUUUGGACUUGCUUCUCUGUAUGCUCAAGACAGACCGGGCACAGCAGAGGCCCACAGGAACUUUGGAACCUUCCCACGUUCGGGAACAACUAGGAAGCCUUACAGUGUUAAGAGGUACAUGGGCCUCAGAAAACCCCUGAAGAGCUAGCUCUCUGGAUGCUCCAGGGACUGGCUGGUUUGAGAAAAACUUUAAAGCAGGUCAUGCCAGGAUCUGUCUGGUUUCUUUGACAACUGGGAGCUGCCCAGAAUAGAGGGAGAAGACAGCUCAAAAUACUGGCACAGAGGUGUGAUUGCUAUUAGUUAAGGCUAAGCAGCCUGCCUGCGUGGGUUUAUGACACUUCAUGUGGGGCUCACCUUUGUUUGCCCUCCACAGGAACAGGGCAGGGUGCCCUGUUCUUGCAAAGCCUCUAUUCUUGUUCAGGAAGAGCUGGGACUUGGUGUCUAGAAAGACCCAAGAACAGAGGGACCGAAUCUCUGGGCGAUGGGACCAGGUGUAGAAAAAAGGGAUGACACUUUUGAGACAGUGUCUUUUGUAGCCCAGGCUGCCUCUGAACUUGGUAUGUAGCAAGGAUGGCUUUGGGCUCCUUAUUUUGUUCUGCUGUUGCCACCCUACCAAGUGCCAGGACAGUCAUGGGCCACUGCUCCUGGUCUUCUUCUUUAUUGUAUAAAAUGUUCUACACAAAGAAA